AGCGUGCCCUGUUUUACUUAUUUAACUGGACAAUGGAAAUGUAUGCCUAGCUGGAAAUGCCUGGGGGAUUUUUACAUCAGACGAAAUGACAAUGAUUAAAAUCUGCUUUUUUCCUGCUCUAAAUAUAUUGAGCGACGUGACACUUGCUUGAUACUGAAUAGCACUUAACCGUUACCCCCUGCACACCAGAACGUUAAACCGUUAUAGGGGCUGGUCUAUUUAUAUUUUUUACCGGAAAAUACGAAAAACCUAGCAUUAAUUAAUAUAUCUGGUCAUAGACAUCAUUUUUGUAAAAGGGAGAGAGUAUCAGUUUUUCGUUUUUAAAAUCUGACUGGGUGCGAGUAGAGUAGAGCUAAUUGUAGCCUAAUCCUUGCCCCAGAGGCGUUUGGGCAGCCCGGAGCAAGAAUUCAUUUUUAGCGCUGCUCUGUUAUUUAGAGACAGGAUUAUUGGCUUUCUUCUCAUAACAGACUGGCAGUUUCAUUUAUUAAGCAAAAAGACACUCAAGAAGCUAAAAUACGAAGCAGGAUUUGACCGACUCAAUUUUUAAGUGUAUACAAAUAAGAACCGAAAGGGGAAAGGAGAGGUCUCUUCUAUGUAUAAGCGACCCGCCAUUUUUGCAGACAUGAUGGAUAUAUAUUUUUUCAUGAAACCACAUCCUAAUGAAGGAAGAAGCAUGUCACGACUGUCUUUGACCCGGUCCCCGGUAUCUCCUAUGUCCACACAAGGAAUCCCUCUACCGGCUCAACUGACAAAGUCGAAUGCUCCGGUUCACAUUGACGUCGGGGGACACAUGUAUACUAGUAGCCUGGCUACUCUCACCAAAUACCCAGACUCAAGAAUCAGCCGUCUGUUUAAUGGCACAGAGCCCAUCGUGCUGGACAGCUUGAAGCAGCACUACUUCAUCGACAGGGAUGGAGAAAUAUUCCGUUACAUUCUCAGCUUCCUCAGGACCUGCAAACUGCUUCUCCCAGAUGACUUCAAGGAGUUCCACCUGCUGUACGAGGAGGCUCGGUACUACCAGCUGUCCCCCAUGAUUAAGGAGCUGGAGCGUUGGAAGCAGGAGAGGGAGCAGCGCAGGACGGCCCAGCCCUGUGACUGCCUGGUGGUGCGGGUGACGCCUGACCUAGGUGAGAGGAUCGCCCUUAGCGGGGAGAAGGUGCUCAUCGAGGAGAUCUUCCCCGAGACUGGAGACGUCAUGUGCAACUCGGUGAAUGCCGGCUGGAACCAGGACCCCACGCAUGUCAUCCGCUUCCCCCUCAACGGCUACUGCAGGCUCAACUCUGUCCAGGUUCUAGAGCGUCUGUUCCAGAAGGGUUUCAGCGUGGCAGCGUCCUGCGGCGGCGGGGUGGACUCCUCCCAGUUCAGCGAGUACGUGCUGUGCCGUGAGGACCGCCGGAGUAUGUCCAUGAACACCCCCAUCAGGAUAAAACAGGAGCCCCUGGACUAGAGAGACAUUAGGAGAGGAGAGGGACUAGCCACGAGGGGCUCCUCACCCCCCUACUGGACAGAACAGAACAAACCCAAACCCUAAUAUCCCUCCACCUCACACCACAAAAACCAACCCAGCAAGAAACACCUAAGUAUUAGCAGACGCCUGAUAACGUUGCCAGCUCUGAGGAACUCAGUGCUCUAAGGGGAAUGUAGUAUAAACACAAAAAAGGAAAGAAAAAAACAAAAGGAUUUGAUUCUGUUUACUAAUAACACCCAAAGAAAUAUAGGACUAUGAUGAUGAACAGAAAGACUGAAACAGCAGCUCCAUCUCUUGAACCAUUUAAGCACCGUGACCAAUCUCUUUUUCCUCCAGUUGUAAGGCUCUCUGACCCCUUGUGAAGAGGUGUCCUGACCUCAGUGAGGAGCACGGCCCCCUUGCCCUCAGUGCAGCGCAUGGCGGUGUGUCGUCCAGUCCCGUACGUGUCUGUGUGAGGCCCAUGUGUUGUGUGCUCCGUCCAGUGCAGCUGAGUUUGGGACAAGACAGGUGCUAUUUAGGGAGGCCUGGCCUGACAAGAGACAGGGCUGACAGAGAGGAAGAGGAGGAAGUGACAGCCAUCCAGCCCACAUUGCUCUUAUAGCCAGCAACCAGGCCUCGCAGCCAAGGGAGGUCCGAUUGAUUGUCUUUCUUAUUUUCAUUGUUGUUUAUAAAGUACAACUUUUUUCUCUGUUUUCUUUGCUGUUUUAUCACAACAUGGUGUAAACAAUUAUUAAUAGGAUUGUUUUAUGUUUUUUCCCCCUCGUAUAUGAAGGAUGUAUGAGCGUUGUAUUCAGUCAGUAGGUUUGAAAGCUUGAGAGAAUGAAAAAGAGAGACAGAGAGAGAGACAGAGACAGAAAGAGAGAGAGAGAGAAAGAGAGAAAGAGAGAGA